AUGCUCCGUGACGAGCUCCUACGAUCUAAAAAUGAUGAGAUCGCAAAUGAUGAAUUUGUCGCUAAUUUGGUGGUUAGAAACUGUUUGUCGCGCAGAAAGCGCAAGCUCAGCGCAUUGUAUCUAGCCACGGUCGGGUUUGGCGCGACCGAGGACGCUCAUUACCACCAGAAAGAACAGGCCUUCCUCGACGCCAAUGAUCUCUCCAAAGGUCGUUAUUUCAAUGAAGCUACUCUUCCACCGCCAACCCAUGCGCGCGCGCGCUCGCCAAGUCGAAAUGCAACCCCCCCGACAACCGCUGCCCCCACCAGUGCCAAACCUAUCGCUGGGAUCACUUCACCCUUAACCGUCGAUGGCAGAGCUCCUCAUGCGACCGAGCCUCAACAGCGCGGAACGCCCGUUCUUGACCAACCUCAGCCCGCGACACCUAAUCUCCCGCCUACCCCGGUGGAUACAACCGGAACACGCCGGCCAUCAGUGCCAGUCAUCAGCCCUAAGCUGCCAAAGGAUCUCGACGUGCCACCGAUCGCUGAGCGGUCCCUCGACUCGUUGCGCGCAGACCAGAAAGGUAGUGUACCGGUAACAGAAACGCCGCUUAGUGCCCACGACCAUGACGGAAAUCAAACGACGAUCUCCCCCCACUUGUCGAAGCCAGCUGCGACUGGAGUUGCGUCACUGGAGAUUCCCUCCGACUCUCUUCGAAAGAAACACGAAGCACGAGCCUCUGUUACCUUGGGCCCAUCUCAACAUGCACAACCACCAUCACCUGCCUCGUCCAUUGACCCCUACAAUAAUAAUACACCCGUUCCAGUUGCCGCAUCACCAGACACUAGCCCCGCGGAAGAAGUGACUGAGGAUGUUGGGACAAUUGAUCGCCCAAAGCACAAGCAUGACCGAUCUGCCCAUGCUCGCCCGAGCUUAGUUCCCUUAACCCCAGACGAGCAAUUGCGCCUUGAAGAAGCUCAGUCGAAACCUGAUAAACCCUUGAAUGAUGUGAUCGCUGAUCUACCUUCGUCGAAAGAGGUGAUUGUAGAGAGCGUGGACAACGGGGCCGAUACCGAUCGCAUGGAUAUCGACCAGGAACCUGCCCCCGUCCCCUCAGAAGCGAAAACACCACAAGAACCACAGCCGACUGUGCGAGACUCUUUGUCGCCAACUGCACAAGCUGAGGCCGUUGCAGAUUCAGCUCUCGAGACUCCUACGGCCAAAAAGCUUUCUAUCACACCUACUCAACCUGGCUUAGCCCAACCAGAGCGCAUGACCACUCGGGUGUCAUCAGGAGCCAUCCGACACAAAUCUGUUUCCGAGAUCCUCGGAGAGACCCCAAAGAGUGCCACUCAUGAUAGAACCCACCUAGUUACCCCAUCUGAUCAAGGCUCUCCUGAUUCUGUCGCACGAAUGCGCUUCAAGGACCGGAAGGAGCGGGAGAAGGAGAGAAGCCGACUCUCGACGGUCGUGUUUCCCAAGCAGCCAGCUCUGCAGGAGAAAGCCGACUCUAUGGACCUGACGCACCGGGACAUGGAUGCAGUUGCCAAGCUGAAUGAGGAGCAAGACUAUCUUUUCACAUUAUUCUUGAACAGAGCGUACGCUCCUCCCCGGGGAACAAACCUCAAUACUCUGCUGGCAUCCGCGCAUAAGACCUUGAGUACUAGCAAUCAUCUGCUUGAAUACCGAGAACAGAUGGAUUGCCGUACCCUCCGGCGCAUCUAUGAGCUUCAAAAUGCCAACCGAUGGCCAUUACGACAAUUAAAACGCUCUGUUGAACCUCCCCGCCAGGGCACACAUUGGGACGUUGUUUUAGACCACAUGAAGUGGAUGCGAACCGACUUCCGGGAGGAGAGAAAGUGGAAGAUUGCUGCUGCAAAGAGUUGUGCCGAUUGGUGUGUAGAAUAUGUCAACAGUGACGCGGAACAUCGGACCUUACUUCGUGUCCAAGCAAAGAUUCCAACGGCAACUCUGGCAGAAAAGGAUUCCUCUAAGGCGGUUCUUAGCCCACCCUCCGAGGACGUUGGUGAUGAAGUGUUUGGUGUUUGUCAUCCCACUCCGGAUCUCAUCCCAUCCGCCGAGGAAGAAUCAGUCAGUGAUGGGUACAACGAUGAGCUUCGACACGACAUUCAUGAUACAGUUGCUCCUGCGGCUAUUUUCUCUCUGGGUUCGGAUGAGUUCAACUUCUCAAUUGAUAUGACCCCCGCCGCCGAAAAGCUGUUAGACGAAUUGCCGAUAUAUGGACCACUCCAGAUCGCCCCUGGCACGAACGGACCGGCAUUCAAAGUCUCCCCUGAUACAGUUUGGAAAACGGAACUACUACCAGUGUCCAAAUUUGCAUCGACGAAGAUUACCUUCCACGAUGACGAUCAUCCUCGCAAGCGGAGCCGAUAUGACUACUCCCAGUACGGCAAUGAUUCGGAUAAUCGGAUCACCGAAUUGGCACCCGAGCAGACGAACGUUGCGUUGUUCCGACCAGAGAAUAAGCCAAUCCGUGAUCGGAUUCACCCUGGUCAUCAAUUCCGGCCUCCGACUGAACACCCCAUGCCAUCUGUUGGUUUCUUUGAAUCACGUUCGUCCUCGCAAUGGACUUUCGCUGAGGAUGAUGAACUGCGACGUUUGGUCAAGGAGUACUCUUACAACUGGUCUCUAAUUUCCAGCUGUCUUACCCCAUCGUCACUCUUCACCUCUGGCGCCGAGAGACGGACUCCGUGGGAAUGUUUCGAGCGAUGGGUAGGACUCGAAGGCCUUCCGGCAGAUAUGUCCAAAACCCAAUACUUCCGAGCUUACCACCAGAGGCUUGAGACUGCCCAGCGCACUGUUUUGGCCCAGCAGCAGGCUGCCCAGCAACAGCAGCAACAGCAGCAGCAACAGCAAGGCGCCAAUGCUCAGCCUCAGCCACCUGUCCGCCGGAGAACUACUCAGCCUCUUCGGGUUGACCGGAGACGAUCUUCGAAGCAUCUUGCUCUGCUUGAUGCUAUGCGAAAGCUGGCCAAGAAACGGGAAACUAUGCUUCAGAAACAGCAGCAUGGUAUGUUUGAAAUAGAAGCAGGUCACAUCGUGCCAAGAACUCAACUGACAUUUCAUUUCUUAGCUUCCCACCUUGCUUCAUUGCGAAAAGCCAACGAGGCUAACCAGCCCAAGCCUCCGAUCUCGUCACCGGCUGAGUUCAGCCGGUUGAAGUACGACAGAGAAAUGAAACUGCAGGAAAGGCAGGAACAAUACCGCCAGCAAAUGAUUGCGCAGCAAAGGGCUACUCUCGCAGCGCAGCGUUCCGGCCAAGUACCUAACCAGCAGCAAAUGAUGAAUGCGCCGGGGCGUAACAACACCAUACCCCCGACUUCCAAUCCUAGCCUACCAAGUGGAACUCUGAACGGAAUGACAAACGGCAUGCCCCCUAGUACCGGUGUCAAUCAAGCCCGCCCUCUCCCAAUGCAGAACAUGCCUAAUGGUGCACAGCCAAAUGGUCAGAUGCCUAAUGGAAUGGCCAUGAAGAUGAUGCCGCAAGGUCAAAUGCAGCAAACACCAGGGGCACGACCAGGCUUGCCAAUGCAAGCCUCUCCUGAUAACACGCGCGUGAUCCGAGAAGCCAAUCGAUUGCAGGAGCAGCAGCGUCUUCUCCAGUCUCGGCAACAGCAGCAGCACCCCCAGCAGGGUCAGCAAUUCCACAACCCGCAGUUUGGGUCUCAGGGAUCGCCGAACAUGAACAUGUCGAACGUUAAUGGUACUCCUAAUAACCCUGCUAUGAUAGCUGCCCUCCAGAACCAAGGGGGAAUGCAGAGCCCGUCGUUCCACGGUAAUACACCACAAGGCGUCUCAACUCCAUCGCCUCGUAUGGGCCAGCCCAAUCCUCUGUCAAGCGGGGUUGUACCCCAAAUCAGCACUCUUCAAAGCCAAAUUCAACGCACGAACCCGAAUAUGCCCCCCGAGCAAGUGACCAAGCUGGCCACGGAUCGACUCAACCAGUAUCAGCAGCAGCAACAGCAGCGCUUGUCCCAACAAGCAGCGAUGAAUGCUGCUGCAGGUAGCAUCAAUGCGAAUGCCGUCCAAGCCAACUACCAAGUUCCCCACGAGGCUAGUUUCCAGGCUCCGAACGGUGGUUCUGCGAUGCAGGUCCCUCAAAACCAAGGGUUCUCCCCAAUGAUGCGGGUCCCUCAGCCCGGCCAACAAAGCCGCGUUGGCCCUACUAGCUCGCCUGCUAUGAACGGUGCUGCACCCCUGCCCAGCCGCAGUGCCACUCCUCAAAACCAGCGCAGCGGCAGUGCGCAAGCUGGCGCCGUCCAAGCUUCCAGCAAGAGCCCGCACGCUCCGGCAGCCCAGACUGCGACCAGCUAG